GGGUUGAGAAGCAGUCGGAGUUACCUGUGGAAGGGGGUGGUCGUACGGAAGGAGACUGGCACAACUGAACGACACGGCGGGUUUGGUAGGAAGGAAAGAGGGAUUAAGGUUAGGAGAGCUGCGGAUAGGCAAGAAGGGUCGGGAAUAGUAAGGUCCCUUGGGCGUGUCGGUUGAAACUUGGAUUAGGGGGGCUGUGGUGGUCGGUGGUGAAAGGGGUGGAGAUGGAAGUGGGGGAAUGUUGUAAUCAGAAGAUUUAUUAUAGUGGUUUUUGUAUUGGAGAAAGAGACAGAAAGAUUGUGAGGGGGUGGUGAGCAUACAUUAGGAUUUAGAAAACUAAUAGAUGGCACGCGAUAUUAAGGUUUGGAGAGAGGACAGUUUGGGAUCUGAAGUUCCCUAAAAUCGGGGCUAAAAAUGAGUAAGGCGUGAAUAGCAGUGACCUGUCUUUGAAAGAUAGGUAGCUUACCUUGUAAUAAUCUUAGACCUGCGGAGCUGGAAGGGAUCCUAUAGAUCAUCGAGUCCAGCCCCUGUCAAGGAGGAACAGUGGGGAAUUGAACUCCCAGCCUCUAAAUUAUUGAGCUAUCCAGCAGUUCCUAUAAAGGUACUUUGGAGCAGUGGGUAUAUUGUAAUGGAAAACACUGAACUAGAUUCAUAGUGUAGGCGUAGAGAGAAAGAUAGAUUUGAAUCUUGGAUGGAGGCAGAAUUCAGGAGAUGUGUGUUCGAAGGGAAUGAAAAAUGCAUUAGAAGAAAGAUGACAAAGAGAGCAAUCUGUUUGGAACACAGCUGGAUAAUUCCCAGCCACCACAUUGCCUGGGCAUCUAAGAAAUACUGUUUUUGAAGGUAUCUGUGCUUCCAACUGCAACUGUACAGAUUUCACCAGAGGAAACAGACAACCUUCAGGAUCAGAAAACAAAGGAAGAAGAGAAGACUUUGAAUGAUCUUGUGGGCCUUUUGCAAGACAUGGUAAAAAAUAUUCCGACAGAGCAAACACAAUCCCAACUACCAACUGAGUUAGCAACUAUCAUGGAAUCCAAUGUGGAACCUUCUCCAUCUGUAACAGCUGAUACUGACUUGAUGAAUUUAAAAUCAAAGAAUAAUGGAAUGCAAACAGAGGGAUCACAAACAGUUGCCUUGACCAAUGGAAUUACCACACCUACAACAGCAUUUUGGAAACCCAGAAGUGAUGCAAGUGCAUCUAUCAUUCUGCAGUCUGCAAUAACUGCUUCUGAAAAAACUACACCAGAAAAUCUCCGAAGUGAAACAAGUGCUUCUGUUUUAUAUUCUGAUACUACUACUUCAGAAAAACCAUUGGUCAGUGUAUCAUUUCUACUUGAAAAUACUACCACAGGUGGAAAAAGUUUUGAUCAGCUAACAAAUGGAGCUUUGUCAAGUCUGGUGGAAUCCCUAAAGAAUGUUCAAAAAUUACAUGAGACAUUACAUACAUCCACUGAUAACCCACAGCAGAAAAAUAAUAAAGAAAAAAAUCUGGACAUAAAUCUACAUAAACCUAUAGGUGCAGACAUCUUAGACUUGAUUGAUGCACUAAUCAAAACAAUAAAGAAUGCACCUUCUGCUGUUAAAAAUGAUCCCGCUCUCCAUAACUAUAUUGAAAAAGCAGAAAGCUUCCUAAAAGAUGCUUUGGAACUUGCAGGAGAAGCAGAAAAGAAGCUCAGGCAGGCAAAGGAGCAGGGACAGGUGAAGAAGGUAGAGCUGAAGAUUAACCCUUCACCAUCAGCAACUCUGCUGGUAUCAGAGGUGACAUCGUCUCCUCCUCUAGCAAAAAAGGUGGAAGAUAUUCAAAUGGAAAUGGGAAAGUUAAAAGCAUUUAUUAACUUACUGUAUGGUUUUAGUCCCCAUUUUGCUAGAUAUGCAGAGAACUCACCCAAUAAAAAAGUAGUUGAGGAUAUUGCUGAUAGAGCAAUGGCAGUACUCAAUGCUAUAAAGAGUAUUUUCUGUGGAAAUCCAGAUGGGCGAAGCAAACAGAUAUUGAAGCAGUUGUUAAAGGAAGACAUGGAGCUUGUGAAGCAAGCCAUGAAAGAAAAAAAGAGUGUCUUAAGAAAACACACUUAUUUCUUGAUAGUGUAGACAUUUUUCAUCAGCGUUAUGUAUUAUUAAAGUUCCACUUCCUCUUUUGUAACAGCCAGCUAAAUAUACCUGUAGUCAUUUACAAGUGUGGAAUUAAAUGCUUAUUUGUAAAUAAUUUUGUUCUCAUUUUUCACUCUUGUUGGAAUUCAUCUGCAAGUUAUAUUACAGUGGCUGCAAUAUAAGAGUAAGUUGCAACUAGAGUAGAGCCAUUGAAUCAGGAUUUGGUGAGUCAGCUCCUUUGAAAGUUGUUGAUUCAAUGGGCCUACUCUAGCUGCAACUUACUACUGGAUUUCAGCUAGUGAGUGUGAGUAUACACCAGCCAUUUAAGAUACAAUAUGAAAUAUUUUAAAAAAGAGUCCUGAGUUAACAUAAGGUUAUUACAGUAUGAUUAUCAAAAAUAAAAAAUUAGUUAGUCCUUGGGCUACUCUCAAAAGUGUGAUAAGAGUUCUGUGGCUCACACAGGCCCCCAAGAUCCAUAUUGUCUACCUCUUUCUUUCCAGAAGUGUGUAGCUCCUGUUGGAAACUUACAUGUGGCAGUUUUGGAGACAGCUGUUCCUUGUUUUUCCAUAUUAUUUGCUUUUGAAAGUCAUAUUUAUUUGUUAUGAUUAGGAGUCACUGAGACACACAAUCUGUUUCUGUAAAUCUGGUGUGUUUGUGUGUAUUGCUUGUAGCCAUUACUACAACUUGUGGCAAAAAACCAUAAAGUUAAUUGUAUACUAUACUAGAGGAAUCAGUGGAGGAUACAGAAUGAGAUGGAAAUUGAAAUGUAUCAUAAAUAUACUAAAACUUCAGCAGGAUGUGAUAAUCCUGAAAAAAAAACCAGCUAAGUGGCUACAUGCAACUUUUGAAAACCUUAUGACCAUGUAGAAAAUUUUAAUUCUUUCUGAUCUUUAUAGUUGAAUGCAUCUGUUAAAUAUCACAUCAAUUAAAUAUAUUAAAAGUUACAAC